GUCUCGCGCUGAACUUGCAGUGGCAUGGAUCUAAGAAAAUGACGUUAGCUGCUUAUUUUUGUGGAAAUCUGCAAGGCACUUAUAAACUUGUACUUUUAAAGAAAGGUUAAUAAAAUCAAAUAAGCAGUGCGCUAAUAGAAUAAACUAGCGAAUCAAUAACGGAGCUUGGUAUUUAGGUUGUCUAGCUAGCAAGUUGGCUUGAAUGUGAUGUAAGUAGCUGUCAUAUUUGAAGUAAAAAUAUGACAACACGAUUGUAUGCAUGAUAUCUUCAGAACCAAGUAGGUAAAUAAUUAAUGUAUUUGUUUCAACGCUUGAGAACAACAUGAACAACAGAUGUUACGGCUGUGCUUCCAAGUUCACCCUCUUCAAAAAAGAGUUAGGGUGUAAGAACUGCGGACGUGCCUUCUGCGCAGGGUGUCUUAGUUUUAGCGCUUUGGUGCCGCGCCUUGGGAACACCGAACAGAAGGUCUGCAAGCAAUGUCAUGGGAACCUCACAAGUGGAGGCAAUCAAAACGAUGCCGCCAGAUGGUCUCCUCCUGAAAACUAUAAGAAACGAGUUGCAGCUCUGGAAGCCAAACAGGGGAGACCAGGGCCAGGGCUCAGACCCGGGCCCUGUAAGGCGAGUACCCCUGGAAUUCCAUCGACCAAAGGUUUGAGCAAAGAGGACCAGGCCAUCGCUGAGAGGUUGCAGAAGCUGAAGGAGGACACUAAACCAAAAUCCAUACCAUCAGAGAAAGAGAUUGAGUCCCGCCUGGCUGCCCUGAAGGCUCCAGCCCAGCCUGUGCCCUCUGCUGCGGACAUGGAGGACCGGCUGGCUGCCCUGCAGGGCAGACCCCCACCAUCCCAGGCCCCCCCACCGGUCCACCAGCCUCCUGAUACCAGGACCCAGACUGAACAAGCCAGUGACCUAAUAACACAACUCUCUGAUGAAGUGGCCAUAGACAACCAACAGCAACCAGGCUCAGAAGGCACUACCCUGCCAUUCAUGUCUCAUGGCUUGGAUGGCCCCCUGAAUGACCUGAAUAAACAGGAGGGGGGCGGGCUGACGGAGAACCUGGACGACCCUCAGGAGGCGGCCAAGCAGCUGGAGGCAGAGAAGAGCCGCCUGCUGGCAGCGGCCAUGGAGGAGCUCAGGCAGGACCGCUACGGGCAGGAGCAAGUGGUGCAGAUGGCCAAGAGACUGGCCCUGCUGAAGGGGCAGGACCCUGACAAAGUCACCCUGGAGGAUUUCCAGCAUCCAGACAGUGAGGAGGAGACUGAGGAGGAGGCAGUGAAGAGAAUAAUGAAGCAGCUCACUGAAGAAGCGGUUUUAGAUGAGGCCUCAGGUUAUAACAUCCCGCUACAGCACAGUGGCCCACGGAACACAGAGAAGUCUGGGAAGCACAAGAUGAAGUCUUCCGGGGUCUGUAAGAGGCCUGCUAUGGCCGCCGCUGUAGCCCGGGUCCAGGUCUCUGACAGUGACGAUGAGGACGAGCUGCCCUGGUGCUGCAUCUGCAACCAGAAGGCCACCAUCCGCUGCCACUCCUGUGACGGGGACCUCUACUGUCAGCGCUGCUUUAGGGAAGGCCAUGACGAGUUUGACAGAAAGGAGCACCGCACAUCCAACUACCAAGCGCCACGGAAACCCAAGAAGAAGACGUGAGAUAGGGCAGAAGCUAACAUUCCGCUCAGCAGGUUCACUUUGAUGGAUGAACCUCAGAAAGGCCAGACUCUUGUCUCUGAAUUACUGCUAUAUCACUGCGGGGCUGUAGAUCACAGCUAAACAGGAGCCUAUCUGUGGCAAACAGAGGGGGACACUUUUGUUCCAGCAUUAAUGUAACACAGUAUAUGCUGUAGAGAAUAGACUCUGGUAGUGUCAGUGUAACCAUAGUCACAAUCGAUGGCUGCAGCUUCUAAGGCUCAGAAUAAUCUCAUCUUGUACUUUGACAUGAGGAAAUGUAAUGAGUAAAAGCUAAUGUCAAAUGACUCUGUGGUUAUCAGUACCAAAUUGUACAGUGUUAACCAGUAAUGUCAUCAGUACCCAUCCUAAUUUUGUAAUCUUCUGCUGUCAAAUAUUUGUAGAUUUAGUGCAUUCCACGCCCACAUAAUGAUUAUCUUAAUAAUACAGAGGUACUGCUGCAUAACGAGAGGAAAAAUAAUCUGCGAGGAAAAUGUAAUGAUUUUCAGAUGUCUGAAUAAAUGUCAGAUGAACUCGGAAAUUACAUAUAUAGCUCCUAAUGUUUCAUACUUUUCUGCCUGUAUCCACUGAUAAUGUCUGCCCUGUUUCCACAAAUGCCUUUAUGCAGGUAUAUAAAAUGUCCA